AUGAUCGAUACCGCCAUCAAACCUUUCGACCCUACCGUUCCCCAGGAGGAGGUGGACAGACUCUUCCGGAAACUCAAUGACACGCGCCUCCCGCAAUAUCCAAUUGUGCCCGACUCGGCCGACAACGAUGACUACGGCGCGUCGCUGGACUGGGCGCGCCGACUUAAAGAGUACUGGGAGACCCAAUACGACUGGAGCAGGGCGCAAGAGGAGAUCAGCUCCUGGCACCACUUCACUACCCGCAUCGAAGGCAUCGACGUCCACUUUGUCCACGAAAAAGCCGCCCCCUCCGACGCCUCACCGAAACCCAUCCCACUUCUCCUCGUCCACGGCUGGCCCGGCAGCUUCUACGAGUUCUCGCGUGUCAUAAACCCGCUCACCAACCCGCCAGCAUCCGCCGACGCCGACGCCGACGCCGACGCCGACGCCGGCCCCAAUCUGGCCUUCGACGUCGUCGUCGUCUCUCUCCCGGGCUACGCAUGGUCCGGCCCGCCGCCACGGCGGAGCUGGACGCUGCAGGACACGGCGCGCGUCUUCGACACGCUGAUGGGCCGGCUGGGCUACUUCUCGUACUGCGCGCAAGGCGGCGACUGGGCGCACUGGGUGGUGCGCGAGCUGGGUUCGGGCCGCUUCCCGGCGUGCCGCGCCGUGCACACCAACAUGUGCCCGAGCGAGCCGCCCGUGUCCGACGCAAGCGGGCUGACGGGACGCGAAGAGGCGGCAAACGAGCGGUUGAAGUGGUGGCUGGGCGCGCCGGGCGAGGAGAGGCACAUGGGGUACGCGGUCGAGAUGCGCACGCGGCCGCAGACGCUGGGCACGGCGCUGAACGACAGCCCCGUCGGCAUCAUGAUGUGGGUGGGCGAGAAGUACCGCGAGCUGACGGACCCGGGCCGGUAUUCGGAUCUGCAGGACGACGACUUCAAUCACCGUCUCGCCACGACGCUGUGCCUGUACUUCUUCACGCCUCCCAGCAUCAUGACCAGCAUGCUGUGCUACUUCGAGAACGUCAGGCACGAGGACUAUGUCGAGUUCAACACGCGGCCGGAGAACAGGAUCACAGUGCCCAUGGGCUUCACGAGCUACAAGUUCGACAUCUCCCCGACCUCGGAGCGGGCCGCGGCGACGACGGGGAAUGUCAAGUGGUUCAAGGCGAGGGACUAUGGCGGACACUUCGCGGCGCUGGAGACGCCCGAGGAGAUGGUGGAUGAUCUGAGAAGUUUCUGUGGACAGUGGUACUCGGAAUGA